GCGCUUGGUUGGGGCGAUACAGCUUGAUCGGCACUCCCCCAACUCUCUCCAAUGAAAGGUGGGGGAUGAACGCAAUGAAGUCUUGAUACGGAAUUUUGAAGUUAUCGUUGAAUUCGAAAAGUUGUGCUAUUUUCAGCUGUCGCCAUUGAUCAAAAUGACCAAAUCACCUCAUGCCCUCUCACUUCCAGCUCCGUCUGAAAAGCAGACCUAUGUCACCAUUUCAGCCCUCGAAGCAGGUCACUUGACUCUGCCAGAACACCUAUUUGUUACAAAUGCUGCCCCAGAGAAGCGUACAACAGUCCCUUCACUGGCAUUUUUAAUACGCCAUCCAUCACCUUCAAAGAUCCUUCCAAGCCAAUCCACAAACCUCAUCUUCGACCUCGGCCUGAAACGAGAUUUUACGAAAUACCGAACAGCGCAGCAACAUCACGCUUCACAACGGCAACCUACAAUCACUUCUCUAGAUGCAGCAGCAAGUCUGCGAGCUGGUGGUGUUGAUCCGGAGAAAGAUGUUGAUACUGUGAUCCUCAGUCAUGUACACUGGGAUCACGUCGGAACACCAAGCGAUUUCCCGAACUCGAAUUUUGUUGUUGGAUCCGGAACACUACAUCUACUAGCUAAUGGAGCAGGCCCUUUGUACCCUGCCGAAUUGUUUAAUGCGGAUGAGUUACCUUUUGAUCGGACAUACGAGCUGCCGUCUUCGAAUUCGUCCGAUGCUGGGAAAGCAGCGAAGCAACAAACAGCUCACAAGUGGGAGCCUCUAGCAGAUUUCCCUGCUGUUGUAGACUAUUUUGGAGAUGGUAGUGUCUACGUCGUUGACAGUCCAGGCCAUCUUAUUGGACAUGUCAAUCUUUUGGCUAGGAUAUCGCCUACAAAAUGGGUUUACUUGGGAGGUGAUUGUUGUCACGAUGUGAGGAUUCUGACUGGAGAAAGCGAUGUUGCUAUGUAUGAUGAUGGAAGAGGUGGAUUAAGGAGUGUACAUUUAGAUACCGACGCUGCGAAAGAGACCAUAUCUAGGAUUGGUGGGCUUUUGAAGAGGGGUGAGGUCGUGACGGAUGGUGGUGGUGAGGUUGAUGUCGAGGUUGUGGUUGCGCAUGACAAAGGGUGGAGUGAAGGGAAUAAGGGGAGGUUCUUACCUGGACAUUUGUAAAUAUUGCCUUGAGAGUUAAAUUGAACAUACUCCUUACCAUCC